AGGACGCAAUACAGCACUUGGGUAUCAGAUGACUUCUGUUGUGCUAAAGGAGGGGAAAAAAGCUCUUAGUUUACAAGUCUGGGCAGAGGAAGAUUAUUUCUUAUUGGAUGAGAGAGAUGGGCUCUCUGAAACAUCAGACAGAGGCUCUUAAACUUUUACACGAGCUUCAUUCUAACAGGAGGCUUAGGAAUAACACCAACUCCAACAAAUCCACUGUCCCUAUAGCUGAAAGAGCCAGAGAAAGUUUAUUAGCACGUUUAGUGGACAUUUUAUCACAGACCAUCUCCAUUGAGCAGGAUUUAAUGAGCAGUCUCUCUGGAGAAGUGAAGUGUUUUCUCCACCACAAGGACAGCGUGGAUUUGAAGAACAUCUGCUUGAGAAUGGCUCUGAGUGAAAGCAGCUGUGAGUGGGACAGAAACCUGAAGGAGCUCCGACUCUGUCUGCAGCUCAUCGUCAACAACCUGCUCUCAGCGCUGCGCGACCACAAUCAUUUAUCGUCCACAGGAGCCACUAGACGGCUAAUGGGCAUAUCCAUCACACUGCCUGACAUCUGAACUGCCGUGUUAUCUGGAGAGGUGCCUGCUUUUCACGCUGAACUGACAGUUUUUGCUCUUUUUAGCUUUUAAAUGAGGCAGAGUUAAGGCGCACCCGGAGCUCCAGCAGGAUCCUGGGCUUGGCUGAGAAACUGGAACAACUCCAAACUACCUCACAGGGUCGAGCCCUGAAUUAGGCCUUAUUUUAUGUGUGAAGGUAACAAAUCCCUGAAUAUGUGACCUCUGAUAAGCAUGCAAUGUUUCUUCAACUGUGUAGAAGUGUUUAAUGAUGAAUAUAAUAGCUUAGUGGCUGUUUUUGUUUGUUUUGAAAUAUGAAGGCUGCAUCUCCAUUGUAAUAACCUGGGUCUUCCCCUCAAUAUCUAACCUAGGGUUAAGUACAACUCAGUAGUUGAGGGUUAACUGCUGCUUGCAGAGCAAUGCUUGGAUUUAGCCUCAAAACUUUCUGAUCUCUAGCCUUAGCCAACUACAUUUACACUAAUGCAACAGUAGGUUUCUCAAGAAAAAAUAAAUGGAUUUUUUUUUCUUUUAAUAAUUUCCUCUGACAACUUUGCUGGAAGAGGUUAUGUUUUCAACUUUUUUUCCCCCCCAAACGUAACUCAAAGUAAUGAACAUUUUUUGAUGAAAUUUUAAGGAAAGGUGGGCCAUGGGCCAAGAAACAAUUGAUUAGAAUUUGAUGCAGAUCUGAAUGGCUUUGUGUAAGUAUGCACUCUAUCAAGUGCCUUUCUAGUGUAACUUUUAGGGUAAAGUUUUAAAGGAAUAACUACCUCCUUUUUGUCAAUGUGAAGGUGUAUCUCAUCUCCAUUGUAAUUGCCUGAAUCAUUUCGUCCAUCUAUGCCCAUUUAUUAAAAUGGACUACUGUAAUAGUUGAUGGUUUAGUCAUAUCUAUUGUUAUCUCCAUAAUGUCAAACAUACCUAUAACGCCUUUCCCCUUAGCAGGCAGUUUUACAGGUGGAACGAGUUCAGUGACUGAUGAAGCAAAAAAAAAAAAAUUAGACAAGCAAUAUUCUUCAAAGGCAGCACCUAAACAACCAACAAACACUGUGUAUUAAAUGUGUACAAAAGAUUGGCACCAAACCAGCAAUGAGGAAAGGUACAGUUUAGUGUGCCCAUUUUUUUUUAAGGUAUAAAGAUUUUCACUGAAGAGUUAAGUGAACUGUCCGUGUAAUUUGUCUUAGAUUUGUUAGUGUUAAAGAUUAAGUUUUUGAUAAAUCUCAAUUUACAAAGUAAAUUUCAAAAUACUGUAUGUAUUGAUAAGGCAUAUUAUUAAAACAAUCUAUUGUAUAUGCAUCAUUA